GGGAAUUGUAGUUUUCCGAGCCACUUUCUCUUUUUUCAGUCAGGGGAGGCCGAAAAUGGCGUUCGUGCUGCCAAAGAGGGCGGGGGUGUCGCUGAAGCAGGUGAAGAGCGUCCUCGUCCGCUUCUGCCCCUUCGAGGCCAAUGUGGAGAGCACCAGAAAUUUCCUUCAGUGCCUGCAUGUAAAGAAAGCAUACACAUCUAAUGUCAACUGUGAUGUGAAAACAGACAUAAAACACGAUGGAUCAGAACCAGUAAUUGACGUCACAUUUGCUGACGGUGACAGACUGAUUAUGAAAGGAGCCAACCUAACAACCCGAGAAAUGUUGCAGGCAUUCAACUCUCGAUGUACUGCUAAGGAACUUGUGUUACAAGAGAAGUCCCAAAAGAAAGCUAACAAAUGAAUAGUUAGGAGGCAUAACACCAAUACAUGGAAACUGUUUUGUAACUUCCUCUUUCUGGAUGAUGGAAAGGACUUUGCCAAUGACUGAAGGAAACUUGGGGUGAAUAAAGACAGAAGCUAGAAAGGUCUGACUCAUAACACCAUGAUUUCUUUGAAAUGUUGGUUAAAGCUAAAAUGAAUGUAGUUAUUGUUCAAACAUCUGAUACUGGUUUCAGGUGGGGAAAGAGCCCAGCGAGUUGAUUAACUCUUUUGUGCUCACAAAUGUUAAGAGUUUAUUAAUUUAGGCUACAGAUGAAAGCCUAAUAGAAAACUAGUUUAUUUCUACCAGAAUUUCACAAUGUCAUUAAAAAAACCCUCGGAUUAUAUGCUUUAGAACCAGUGGCCUUUGUUUGAUCUUGACAAAUUUAGUUUAAAGAUUACAACUGUAGCUAUCACAUGGUUUCAGUUUGUUGCUUUGUUAUGUAAGUGUUUGGUAACUUCUUUAUUUUGAGUACCCUUAAGAAAAUUAAUUUAAUCAAGGGCUCUGUCCUACAAUUAAAUCUGAUUGUCCCCAAAUAUGAGCAUUUGUUUGUUUAAUUGACCAUACAAGUUAAGCACCCCUUAUCCAAAAUUACAAAAUUUUCCAAAAUCCAAAAGUGACACCUUGAUUUUGUUUCAUGUUCAAUGUGCACACACUUUGUUUCAUGUACAAAAUUAUAAAAAAUGCUGUAUAAAAUGUGAUGUGACAGGGUUGGCAUAAGUCAGAGUUGCCUUGAAGGCACAUAACAAUAAAGUGCAAUAGUGGCAGCUUUAUUUUCUACUUUGUUUUCUAACAAUGCCCAGCUCUUCAUCAGAUGUAAGGGUAAGGAAAGUGUGGUUUGUGGGCAAUUCACAGUUCUUCAGGGGUCAUUUUGUGGCUCCAAGGCCCUGAUUAUUCUUUUUUUACCCUUCAGAGUUUAAGGAGCAAUUUUACUAUACUUUUAAGCCCUCCCCUUUAUUAUAGGCCCAGGAGGGUCCUUUUUUAUUCCCACAGGAGAUCUAAUUACUCUGUUUGUGGGGAAAAGGAAUCAAACAUUAAGGGUUUAUAUAAUAGGACAAAGCUAUGUAUUUUUUGAGCCAGACGUGAUGACCGAAACCCCGGCUUUCAAAUUAAUUUGAACCCGCAGCGGAGGGUUCCGCAGAUCCAUCACCAAAGGAACGGAACGGGACCGCAGCAGACUAUUAUUAAAAGAUUUUUUUUUCUUCUUCACUUUCCCCUUCCCUGAACUAUGUAACAAAUCCCCCAAUAAAAGUAGCAUUUAUUUUAA